CGUGAGAUUGUACGAGAGGUUCGUUUCGAGUGUAAACAUGUCGGAUUCCGGUUAACAACUGAACUGUCAUCACAAUAUUAAUUCAAACUUAUGUUUCAGCGAAUAGAUUUUCAUAGUAACAAAAUUUUGAGAUACGAAUCAACAAUGUAAGCAUAUGCAUCCUUAACGUGACAGCAGAGAAGGGUAGGGUGUAUUCCAGUGAUGACGCUUUAAACUACCCCGCAGUAGCCGUGUACAUCAGCUGUCAAGAUGAAUGUCAGUCGGUACCAGCCGAUCCUGUACUUGCAGUACCUGCUGCUGUUGGUGGAUCUGGUUCUCAACUCCUUCACGGAGAUGCUCCGAUUUCAGAAUGUCAUUCUGCUCAUCACGUUUGUCAUUCAAGACGUCUGCAUCCUGUUCGCAGUGAUCGUGGUAUUCCUGUUGUUCUUCAAUACAUACAUCUUCCAAGCAGGCCUCGUCAAUAUCCUAGUCAACAAGUUCCGUGUGCCGAUCUGUGUGACCUUCGUCUACUUCAUGCUGAAUGUAGCGCUGCAUGUCUGGGGAAUGGUAUUGUUUGACUCACAGACCUUGAGGUGGGACGACCCUGACAGGUACAUCUGGGAUGUAACUGGAUAUCGGAUCCUCUUCGUCAUUCAGAGAACUGUUGCUGUCCUCUACUACUUCUUCUACAAGAGAACGGCGCUGAAGCUCGGUGACCCAAGGUUCUACCAGGACUCAGAAUGGAUCCGACGGGAGUUUGAGAGGAGGAGAUAAUGGGAUAUGUGUCUGUCAAUUAGCAGAUUCUGGUCCAGUUUGAUAGGACACUAAACAAUCCAUCCCUCGUGACUUGGAAAGAAGUGUGAUAUUCUGUCCAUGACUACAAAGAGAAUCUCUACCUAAAGUCUCAAGAUUAUAAGAAUGGUUUCAGGUAUCGGUAGAUGUAUCAACUUGACAGAAGCAUAUGAAUUCUUGUCAGAACAUAUGUGGCAUUUGGUAUUACCGGUACUCAGAGAUAUUUUGACAAGACAGAAUAUUAAGUUGCUAUCUACGACACGUAAUCAUGGUAAUGUCAAGGUCAUAGUACCUCGGUAGGUGUUCUGCAUGAUGUUAUGACAUUCCUUAGUGUCCAAUGCAUUGUGUUUGUAAUGAGGUAGUUAUACUGGAAUUGAACAUUUGAAGGCAAAUGAUUCACUAAAAAUCCUACGGUCACAAGUUACCACACAAGGUGUAUAUCCGUCCACAGUAGAUGUAUAACAUUAGCCUGACCUGACAUCCCAAAUGUACUUAAUAUGGCUUUUGUACAGUAGCAGCAUGUAUAUCUUGUAGCAUUACCGUAUUCCACGUAAUAAGCCCCCAGGGUGCUCUCAAAAUUAGAAAUAGGGGGCUCUUAUUAGAAUAUAAUUUUGGUGAGAUAAAAAACAGUUGAAAGAUUGAAAGCCAAUAUAUUAGCAAAUAUCGCUGUGGGUGCUUAUUACGUCGAAUACGGUAUUGUGUAGUUCACACAAUAGUUACAUAUAAGUGUCUUAAUGGGAUAUCUUAUACACCCAGCCUCUUUCUACAAAAUAAAUAAAUGUAGGUUUCCAGGAAGAUCUUCAAUGUGUAUCAGACCUGGAGAAGGUUGUCUCACUACAUGAAUCUUGAUUAAGGAUAAUUCUUGUGAUCAAACCUUUUUGGAAUUUUGAGGCAAAAUUAACAGUUAUUGAAUCAGUAUUAAUGACAGUUGCCCACAUGUCUAUUUUUACCUUUUUGUGAAUAUAAUGAGAUAAUAAUCAUGCAAAAAAUAAAACAAAAUUGAGGAGAUUAAUGUCUUUACAACAGUAACAAUAUCUUUGAUGAUCAAUAUCGCUGACAAUGUGUUAUUUUGAAAAUAUUUCUUUUAAUAAAAUAUUUUCAAUGAAUUGUAUAUCUGGCUGUAUAAACAUGUGAAUACUUUAUAUUUGUAAAUAAACUUUUGAACUGAA